AUGAUGUCGGCUUCCUUGCACAUCAGUAUUACAGCCUUACUUUAUCGAUCUCCUGUAGUGGAAGACUCCGAGCUGGACGGUCCCUGUCCAGAUCUGGCGGCUGCACGUUGGUGGCUGCGUGUCAUUGAAGUGGCCGGUAAAUGGUACUCUCAGAAUCCUCCCCUCACUACAACCACCGCCCUUUGCAAGACCGCCGCGAAGGACAGCACAGCCCUCUGCCUCUCAAGACGGAAUGAACUCUCUCCUAGUCUGGAUGUCAGUCACCAGGAGAAGGCCCUAUUUGCCCUUUGGAUCUCUGUCCGUCAGGCUUGUGACAUGGCCCUGUCCCCAGACUCCCUGCUAACUGCUGGGCGAUUCAGCGAAACACCGCUGGCUAAGGUGAGCCAUCCAAUCCCUUUUUUCACCAUGCCCAUUCUAUGUCGUUUUGCCCGAUCACAUUCCCAGUCGAUUUGA